AUGGCGCCAUCAGAGAGCUCUCUGAUGGCCAUCGUGCCUCUGGCCAGCGGCAGCGUCCUGCUCCCUGGAGUCAUGCAGCGCAUUCCGGUCGGUGCCAAACGAGCCGAUAUCAUCUCCCUAGUCGGCUCUCUCUACGGCCGAGCUCCGGCCCCAGGUCGCAUUGACACUAUCCCCAUCGCUUGCGUUCCGAUAGCCUCUCCCCUCCUCGCCGCGAACGGUCAACGACUUAUUCGAGAUAAGAGCAAGAGCGAUGUGUCCACUCCACGGCCAAGACGACCAGUAGACUAUUCGAGUCUGCAACACAGAGAUGUUUUCUCGGUCGGCGUCGUUGCCAAGAUCACGGCUGUCGAGGCCUGGGGCAGCGAGGACGCUGCAAUCCUGGUAGAAGGCGUAGCAAGGAUGACUUUGGAGAGCCUGGAUAAAGAUGUACUUCGCGCCCAUUACGAGGGCCAUAUUGUACAACAUGAAGAGCACGUGCCCGUAAACGACAAAGACCUACAGAGGCGAUUCGAAAAGCUCAAAACUCUAGCGCGGGAGCUAAUAGAUCUGCUGAGGCUUACAUCCAUAACCUCGCGGCCUCGGCUGGGUCUGGACCCAGUAUUGGCUAGGCGCCUCGACUCGUACAUGGCUAAGAGGACUGUCGCUGACGCAGGUUCGUUUGCUGACUUUGUGGGAACUUUGGUCGACUGCGCAUAUGAAGAUAAGCUUGAGAUUUUGGCUACAUUUGACGUCAAGCAACGCGUAGACAAGGUCAUCGAGCUACUCGAUCGUACCAUUGGAGGGCUCAAGAGCAUUACCAGGAUCACAACUGUCACAGCGACAGUGCCGAUGAGAAUCACAGAUGUGCAGAACCCCAACCUACCCCCGCCUUUCAUUAGGCGAGGUGUUGGUCCAUUUUCCGCGCCUAAUAAUGUUCAAGGCGGCCAGGAGCCCGAGGAAAAGGAGCCUGAUGAGACUGAAGAGUUGCAGAAGAAGUUGGAUGACGCAAAGCUCAGCCCCGAGGCCGCCAAGGUUGCCGCUCGUGAGAUGAAGCGUCUGAAGAAGAUGAUGCCUGUGCAGGCCGAAUACAGCGUUCUCCGCACGUAUCUGGAGACGUUGGCCGAGAUCCCCUGGUCAGUCACCACGGAUGAUCGUCUCGACAAGACGGCUUUGGCCAGAGCACGGAAACAGCUCGACGACGACCACUACGGCUUGAGCAAGGUCAAGCAGCGUCUCGUCGAGUAUCUCGCCGUGCUCCGUCUCAAGCAAUCUGCGAAUGAGGAAAUCGAUGCGCAGAUCAAGCGAAUCCAAGAAGAGAUGGUACCGCCCUUCGAAAGGGAAUCGGCGGCUUUCCCAGAACCAGGCUUGACCAAGGCUUCUCAGGAGAGCUUAGACGCAGCGCAGGCCAAGAUUGACAUGCUGAAGAGUCGACGAAUGACGGAUAAGUCCCCGAUUCUCCUUUUGGCAGGACCUCCAGGUGUUGGCAAGACCAGUUUGGCAAAGUCUGUUGCAACUGCCCUCGGCAGAAAGUUCCACAGGAUAUCCCUGGGCGGCGUGCGGGACGAGGCCGAAAUUCGCGGCCACCGACGUACGUACGUUGCCGCUAUGCCUGGUCUGAUUAUCCAGGGCCUCAAAAAGACGGGCGUCUCCAACCCGGUAAUCCUGCUGGACGAGAUUGACAAGAUCAGCCAGAGCAAUCACCACGGAGAUCCAUCAGCUGCCAUGCUGGAGGUUCUGGACCCGGAGCAGAAUUCAACUUUUGUGGACCACUUCAUCAAUAUCCCGGUCGACUUGAGCAAGGUGUUAUUCAUAGCCACGGCCAAUAGCCUUGAGACCAUCCCUCCGCCUCUCCUGGACCGUUUGGAGAUGAUAUAUUUGUCCGGGUAUACCACAUUGGAAAAGAGGCACAUUGCCACAAAACAUCUUGUGCCAAAGCAAAUCCGUGCCAACGGUCUUUCUCCCGAGCAGAUUGUUUUCCCCGACGAGGUGGUCUCUAAGAUCAUCGAAUCUUACACACGCGAGGCAGGGGUCCGCAAUCUAGAGAGAGAAAUUGGCUCAGUCUGUCGAGCCAAGGCGGUCGAGUACGCAGAUGCGAAGGACGAAAACCGACUCGACCAGUACCGGGCGCAGCUCACUGUUGAAGACAUUGAACAGAUCCUUGGCAGUCCCAAGUAUGAGGAUGAGAUUGCUGAGCAGACAGGCCGACCCGGGGUAGUUACGGGCUUGGUAGCCUACAGCUCGGGUGGGAAUGGCAGUAUAUUGUUCAUUGAGGUUGCUGAUAUGCCCGGUGACGGCACAGUCCAACACACGGGCCAGCUUGGUGACGUACUGAAAGAGAGCGCCAAAGUGGCCCUAUCCUGGGUCAAGGCCAACGCAUAUCAGCUUGGCCUUUCCCCAGAUCCUAGAGAGAAGAUCAUGGAGAACCGGAGCAUUCAUGUCCACUGCCCUGCGGGCGCCAUACCCAAGGAUGGUCCCAGCAGCGGCAUCGCACAGGCCAUUGCUCUCAUCUCCCUCUUUUCCGGCAAGGUCGUGCCGCCCACCAUGGCCAUGACGGGCGAAAUUUCUCUCCGUGGACGUGUCACUGCCGUCGGAGGAAUCAAGGAAAAGCUUAUUGGUGCCCUCCGUGCGGGCGUCAAGACGGUGCUGCUCCCGAAGCAGAACGAGAAGGACGUACAGGAUCUGCCGCAAGAGGUCAAGGACGGUUUGAAGAUUAUUCUUGUCAGUGAGAUAUGGGAAGCCAUCCGUCAUGUGUGGCCCGAGGAGCAUUUCCCAGGAGAGCCCAAAUACCCUGGUAUCUACAGUCGACUAUGA